CUAGUGUGCUUGUUCGAUAAGUUGUGAGCAAGUUAUGUUCAUGUGGCAGAAAUAAGAACAUAAGGCUUUAAGUGGGAUCAUACAGUGCCUUCCAAAGUCUUAACACCUGUUUAAGCUAUGAGUGGCCCGCCAUGUUGCAUGAGAAGUCAGAGACAGUAAAGCAGUCAGACAAAAAACUAAGUCUCAUCACAACACAGGAAAGAAUCAAGUUUAUUUUAGCUUUUUCUGUGCCAUUCUCCAGUUUAAUGUUUUCAUCUAAGCUGCAACAACCACUGCGCUCUGUACUCUGCAGGCGGCACCCUGUGCCUGGGGAGCCAGUAUCCAUGCAGCAUCGCUGUUAACAAGUCUGAACCUCCAAAGAGAACAAGGUCAGUUCUGUGAUGUCGUGCUCAGACCAAAACAGGACCCGGGUGAACUCUACCCGGCACACAGGUGUGUCCUGGCAGCUUCUAGUCCAGUGUUGGCUUCUAUCUUGCUCUCUACUGGCGCCCUGGUGGAACUGCAGGCUCUGUGUCUGUCUGACUCCGUACUGCCACUUCUUUACACUUCAUUUAUACCGGGGAUCUGCCAUACUCUCGCAGCCAGCACCAGCAUCACAACCUGCUCACUGCUGCCUGCUACCUUCAGAUGGAUGGUCUGCAGGAGGCUCUAAAGGCUAGGCAACAGACUGAGGCAGAAGCCGGAAAUAAUGCAAAUGUAUCCACUGGAACCCUUAUUAAGUAUCUGCCAGAGGAUCAUCCGUAUUCAGCCAAUGUGGGCACAUGCAAUGACAUAGAUCCAUGUAGAAGUAGCAGUAACAAUGGUACAAAUCACUGUAGCAGAAACAAUACAAGCUCUUUGAGGAAGGUAAAUACCUGUCAUAGUAUAUAUGAAAGCACUGAGAGCAGUGUCAACACAGGCAACUGCAGACAAGAACCUCAGGAUUUGAGUCUAAGUAUCCCUUGCAUAGUUGAAGUGCUUCGGGAGUCAGGAGACGACAAAGAGGUGCAAAAGGAUCAGUUUCAUUCAGGUCAUUCAGCUGGCUCUGUAAAGCCAAAGCCAUGGCAUGGGAGCACAGAUGGGGAGCUAGAGAGGACAGUUGAGGACAGGAGGAGGUCGAAUAAACUCUGCACUUCUGAGGAGAAAGAGGAGGAGACAAGUAGAAAAGAGAAGAAACAGGGACUGUGUUUGACAUUUCCAAGUAAAGCAGAAGACACGCAAACUAACAGAAAAGAAGACACAACUCAGAUACGUCACUCUCCCCUGCUUCAUUUCUCAACCUCCCAUCUUAAGGACAACGUUUCGCCCUCACAGUGCUCCUCAUCAUCCUCUUCCUCAUCACCACCUCCAUGCUCUGGGUGUGUGCCUGUUAUCCGUCACAGCAGUCGAGCAGCUAUGCUCCAGCUGGAAGAAGAGGCACCAAUGCCCCCUUACCAUCUAGUAUUCCAGGCCUCAGCCGGCUCCAGCAGGGCCCCUUACUCUCGGUCAGGAAGCACAGACAGUGACAACAUCGAUGAGGGUAUUACCUCCACACACGGGAAUCUUCAUGGGGCACAAAAUCAGGCUUACAUAAACAAUAAAGACCACAUUGGGGCACAGAGUUGGGAUUACAAGGAAACUUCAGAUCAGUCUGACACCCUCAAACAGGAUUACAACAUUAGCAAUACAUAUCAUUUAACAGGACAGAAUAGUGAACAGAUGAGCAUUACAGAUCCUAAUGAUCCUCAUUGUGUUUCAGUUAAUACAAAAUACAUUAAACGUAUUAGGGAUGAUUCACAGAACAUGGAUUGCAGCAAUUUCACCAGAGAGUUAAAGUAUAACAUGUGUGAUACUUUCGAGGAUUUCCCCUCCAAACAUCAGCGAAUGGAUUGCUCUGAUUACCAAAAUGUCUGGAUGGCCAAUGCAGCAGAGGAACAAUCCAUUCAGUCACAAGAUCUGAGGAAUAAAGUCCCACUUCCUGUACUGGACUCAGACACAGGAAGUGAUUCCCUCUGGGAAGAUGUGUGUACCCAGGAAGAUGUGAACGAGGAACACAGUCAGGAGGAAUGUGAGACAGUCAACAGAAACACAGCCAAGAUGGACAAGAGAUACAAUGUCCUUCAGCUUGUCUCCCGGACACAUCAAUCAUGUUUGGAUGAUGUCACUGGCGGUCUCUCCAGCUUUGAUUGUCCCACAUCUGUAGAACCACAAAAUAUGCGAGGCAUUGAUAUCAAAGAGCCGCCCUUCACCUUAACAAUGCCUGCUGCUCAGAACAUGUCUGACCCAACAUACAGUGUUGUGGGGCCUUCAUACCAUGGACACCUUGAGUAUCACUGCCUACCAGAGGAGGAAAGACACUUAUCACACCAAUACUCUGCUCGCAAACACUCCCACCAUCCCGAUCAUUCAUACCCGUCCAGUGAUGAGGAGGAGGCUGGGACUUUUGCCAGUCAAGGCUACAAGUCUCUGAGGCAGCACUUUGCAACAAGGACUACUGACCAGAUUCUACUGCUAGACAUUAGCGCCAAACCUGCCGAGUUCCUAUUUGCUAAUGCAUUACGCCAAAAGGAAACAUUUGGAAACGGGUUUAGGAAGAAUAAUAGAGAGCAAUUAAGUGAAGCAACAUCUGUAGCAGGUGUUGACUCUAAAUAUUGGGCUGGAGAAACAAGUGUUAAAAAAAGUAAAUCUGUUGGUAAAGACCGAAGCAGGCCAAAGAUUGAGGUUAUACAUAAAUCUGCGGUUGAAAAGAGGGUUUCCAAACAUAAAGAUGGUGAUAACAAGACUCCUGCCAUAACAAUUUGCUCACCUCCUAAUGGGCAAGACUCGAUGUCAUCAAUAUUGUCUGUCUGUAUACCUUCUUCCCGGUCAGCCAGUAUGCCAACAACUAUAUCUGCUCGAGUAUCUAACCCUGUUCAGCACCCUUUCCAGUGCUCUCUGUGCGAGCGCUCCUUCAGUCAGCGCGGCUCACUAAACAGACAUGUGCGGAGCCACCUUGGAGUCCGGCCCUUCCCCUGCCCCCGCUGCCCUAUGACUUUUUCCCGCCAGUACCGUGUCACAGAGCACAUGCGUGUUCACCAGCGCUGUGUCCUCCUGAGUGACUUUUGAAGGCACCCUGCUUCUUAGAGGACAGGCCUCAAAAGGGAAAUGUCUUUUCCUGUAUGUAGGCCCGUAUGGAGCCCACACUUUUACUUAUACUUAUUUUGCAAAUGUAAGGAUAUCUUUGCCCUCCAAAGGCUAACGAUGAGAGUAAACAGUGGUCAUGUGCAGUGAAAUAACAUUGUUCAUACUAAGUAAUGGGAAAAGGGGAAUUUAAAAUACUUUUUGACACAACAUGUCAUGUUAUGAAGAACAACCAAUCUCAACCAGCAGAUAAAUGCAGUAAAUAUCAGUCAUUUGUAAAUAUGGAGGAGCACCUUCACUUUAGUGCAGGGCUACCCAGAGGUUUAAGAUCGAGUGUCCAGUUUUUACUCUAUAUUAAUUUAUGAGCACCUUUGCUAAAAUGUCACACGAUCAUUAAUAUCCUCUGAUCUCGUGUCUGGAAGAGCUAAGGGUGUAUGGUUAGCUGGCUAUGUUCGCUGAGCGACAUCAGAACCUGCAUCAGCACCCUUGAAUAUGGAACAAGAGUAGCCGUCCAACGCAUGACUGACAUGCCUUGCCUUUUUCAUAACCAGGCGAUAAAAUACAGGCCCCGUGUUUGGCCCCAGGAGUGAUGUGUAGACCGGUUCUUUUCAAAGUAUCAUGCACUUUGAGUUGGUACAUCAAAUCAAAUAAAAUCAAAUCAAGUUUUAUUUAUAUAGCACAUUUAUAAACGAUUUUUGGUCGAGCCAAAGUGCGGUACAUAAAAUAAAAAUAGCCUACAGUAGAGACACUUUACAGCAAAUACAACAGCACAGAUUGUUACAUGGAAAUAUAUCGAACCUUUACAGUUCUUUCUGCAUAAUCUGACGUUGGUUUUUCUGUGACAGUCCGCGACAGUACAUUCAUGUUUGUCUGCUAGUGUUCCCGACCCAUAAAAGUUAUCUUCAAUGCAUAACUGUUAGAACAUUAUUUGUUUGUCCAUUAUUACACUGUCAAUAUCCCAAAGAUAGCUGCUAGAUUGUGACCAUAGCAGGUACAGAGCAAUUUCUCUGCAAUGCGAAAACAAUGUUACAAUGUGAGUGAGUGUGUGUGUGUGUGUGUGUGUGUGUGUGUGUGUGUGUGUGUGUGUGUGUGUGUGUGUGUGUGUGUGUGUGUGUGUGUGUGUGUGUGUGUGUGUGUGUGUGUGGUGUGUGUGUGUGUGUGAGUAGGUAGGUGGUAGUGCAUGUGAUUACAAUAGUUUACGAUAUGUUAUCCUGUUUUUGCCAACUUUUUAUCUUUUGUCAAUGCUAAUUAUUUAUCAGAUUUACAUUACAUUUACAUUUGACUUUGAGUUCAACAGUGUGUGUAUUUACAUUGCACUAUGUUGUAAUUAAUCAUGAGGUUUUGUUUUAUAGACAGCUACUAUUUAUUUAUAACUUACAGGUUGAAAAGUUACAAAGCCUUUUGUUAUUGCGUGUCACAUGCGUCUUGAAUGUAACUCAUACUCCCUGUUUACACCAAGUGGAGGAUGUCAGACCUAUUACCUAAUUCUCCUUCAGAUUUUGCAUUUUAUGCAGGUCCUUUUAACCUUUGUUUCAUGGGAGCCAAAGUGUGUGUAAUACAGAAGGGAUUCUUACUGUUCAUAUAUUUCAUCGGUGUGUCUGAUGAAUGUGUCUUUAUGAUAAAUGGUGUUUGGUUUUACAAAAAAGCUACAUACACUAUCUAAUGUCGCUGCAACAUUAUGAACGUUUUAUGGCAUGUAUGUUUUAUGUGUUAAUUUAUUCUGUAUUUAAACUGUGAAAUACUCAUUUUCUGAUAUGCGGACAUUAAUAAUUGUUUAUGCUUCUAACCCUAGUGUACACACACUCUUAAAACAUAUAUAUAUAUAUAUAUAUAUAUAUAUAUA